GGCCUGAACAUGCCCUGCGGCGGCCCCUGGAACAUCACGGGCAAGUGCGGCCUGGGGCUGGUCUGCAACAAGGACUGGGCGGACUUCAACUCGGAUGGCAUCUGCGUCAACGCCUCGACCGUGGCACUGGCACUCGAGGACCGGAAAGAGCCAUGAACGAUGCCGCCGCUUCUUCUGGGUGGAGGUGGAAGAGGUAACGACAUUGGUGUAGAGGGAAGGAAGGAGUGAGGGAAGUGGAGAAGGAAGGGAAGAAGAUGGAGAAGAAUAAAGGGGAUAUCGAGGGAGGAGGAAGAGGAGGAGGAAGAGGAUGGAAGUGGAGGAGGCGAAAGAGAGAAGUGGAGGAGGGGAAUGAACCGGAAUAGGAGAAAGAGAGGCUAGAGAGAGAGAAGUAGACAUAUGAAGAAGUGCUGAAGAAGGUGAACAGACAAUAUAUGUGUCUUAUAAGUGACGUAAAGAAAAAAAAAAUCGAUAAAAAAAAUCCGAAAAAAAAAUCAAAUAACACAACAUACCGAUAAAAAGAAAUUACUCAAAAUAUAUACUGUGAUGGUGUAUCAGGGACCAAAAUUUUUAUCAGACGAUUUUUUAAAGAGGAAUUAUGUGUUCCUUAAAAAAAAAGUGCAUUUGUAUAGUUGUAGUGUGUGAGGAUCAUGAUUACAGUGGCAGAAAAAAAUAGA